AAUAAAGUAAAAACAGUACAUUUUAAUAUAUGUAAUUAAUUUCUUUUACCAUUUAUUUAAAUAUUCUAAACAGUUUUACUUUAUCAUUUACCUAUUUCUAAUUAAAUGUUAUAAAUACUAAUUUAAAAUCAAUAAAUUUAUCAGUAACCUUAAAACAAAAGCAGCAAUGUUUUCGCGAACAUUUUUAAAACGAAGCACCUUCAUUCUUAAUUCAGUCAAGUAUGUUACAAAAGCUCCAAAACCAGAAAUACCCAAGAAUCCCUUAACAUCAGUUUAUUCUGCAAAUAACCAAAAAAGUAAUGGCACAGUAUAUGAUAAAAAGCCUUUUAAAAUGUCCCUGCAGGCAGAAAAGACAUACUCCUGGUGCCUUUGUGGCAAAUCUAAAACACAGCCACUGUGUGAUGGAACGCAUAAAGAUAUAUAUCUUAAAGUAUCUCAAAAACCUAUUAGGUUCACUGUAGAAGAAACCAAAGAGUACUGGUUGUGUAAUUGCAAGCAAACUAAAAAUAGACCCUUCUGUGAUGGAACUCACAAACAGAAAGAGAUACAGGAAGCCACUACUAUCAGAGUGUAAAAUACUUAGAAAUUUAAUUACAAAUAGAUAAGCUUAGUUAUUAGAUUAUGUAAAAAUAUAUUAGUAACUGAA